AUGCUUCUUGGUUUUGUUGCGCGCUCACAACAUGGCCACCCUCAGGAGCGUCGUGGCCUGCCUGCUGGUGGUGGCGGCGGUGGUGGUGUCGGGGCAGCGGCCCAGCUGGCAGCCCCGCUCCCUGGGCUCCACUCCUCUCAGGCAUGCCGCCUUCAUGGAGGCUUACUUCUCUGAGGACACGAGUCUGGAAUACGUGGACAGGUGGACGAUAUACGUCUCCACUUUUGAUCCCCUGGGCAACCUGGAUGAGGUGUACCGCGUGAGGGCGCCUGGACGCUACAUGGACCCUGCGCAAUGGAACGUGGAGCUGAUGGACUUGUCUGCCUACUGGCCCAACAACCCUGACUACCUGCCCAGCUCCGUGGCGGGCGCUGAGGGUGUAAUCUGGACCUCUGGCUUCCUGGUGCCUGGCAAGGGGGACGGGAUGCUGCAGAUGUACGAUACCACGCAGGAUCCCUUGCCUCCCGCCGUGGACAUCGCCUCCCUGGAUUCUCAAGCGUGGUCGUAUCACCGCGUCGUGUGGAAGGACAUGGAUCUGGAUGGAGAUCUGGAUGCUCUCACCGCUCGCUUCCACGUCGGUGUGCUGGGCGGCGUCACAAGCGAACUCGUGUGGCUGGAGAACGAAGGGAAAGGAUUUGUGGGUGGUUGGCCUCAGCACAUCCUGGCGACUGACGGGCCAGACGUUCACUUCGGGGUGGUAACGCUGACGGCCGCCGGGAGGACAUACGACUGCAUCGUGGCGGGCGAGUUCUUUAACCAAAAGUUGAGCAUCUACUGGACCGAGAGUGCGGAUGGAAGCUGGACUAAUCCUGGCCUGGUGAUGUCCAGAGUGAUCAACCAGAAUGCCGGGCAGGUGUUUGAUGUCUUAGUGGAUGACUUCAACCGCGACGGAGUGAUGGAGUUCAUGGCCACGGAGUACCAGACUGACGUGGGAGUGGGGCAGGCGACCGUCUACUUCUUCCCGGAUGAUUUCAGGCUUGACCCCUUCACCUCCGUCCAGGUCGCGGACGGCUUCAUUCCCAACCCGAUCGUAGGUGGCGAGAGCAUGUCACCGGGCACCCCCAAGGCCUACUACCCCAACGCGGAGUUCGCUGCGGGAGUGGCGGAGGACGGCCUGCCACACAAGCCCUACAUCCUCCUCUCCGGCGACGAUGACGGGAGGAUGUACGUUCUCUUCCCCAACUCUGACCUCCGCGACGACUGGCUCUACGAGAAGCACAUCCUGCUGGACACAGAGAAAACCACUAUUGGCAAGAUGGCUCACGGUGACUUCGAUGGUGACGGCUAUGAGGAGGUUGCAGUGGCUGGCUAUUCAAUCGGUCAGCUGUACCUCUACACCUACGCUCCCUAGAACCUCUCACUCUACACCUACGCUCCCUAGAACCUCUCACUCUACACCUACGCUCCCUAGAACCUCUCACUCUACACCUACGCCCCCUAGAACCUCUCACUCUACGGGCCAGUUUUAUAGUCCAGUACAGCAAGAUUGUUAGCUCCCCAACCAGACACAAACUACUACGAAAAUGCCUUGUACAGUGUUUGGCGUUGAUAUGAUAAUGGGGAAAUUUUAGGGAACCACACGGGAAAUCUCUUUAGAAUCUGGUAUUGAGUAGAAUUAGCGGAUCACUGUGGAGAUUAUGGUUUGGUUUGGACUCAAUGGACUGUCGAACUGGCCCUUUCCUGCCUAGAACCACUUAACCCCUUGACUGCGGAUUUCCUAUAAGAAGACAUCACCAAGCUACAGGAGUGGAGCAAAAAGUGGCUGCUACAAUUCAAUGAAGAAAAAUGUGAAGUCCUGCACCUUGGGAGGGGAUAUCCAGCACACCAAUACCUCAUGGGAAACAUUCCACUAUCCACCACAGAGCCAGAGAAAGACCUGGGAGCACAUGUUACUAAGUUACCAGUGAAGGCGAAAUCCGUGCCAAUCGCAGCGGACGGGCUAAUUUACAUCUAUAACAAUCUAUUUUCCUUCUGCAUGAUCUUCAAAACCUCUGUUUCUAAGCAUGCAUUCUUUAGAACCACAUGUGUUGUUGUUUGGUGUUUGGAGAUAAUAGUUCAAUAGUUUAAACGUAAGUGAACUCCUGUAUUUUGUAGAACUUUUGAACUGAUUAAUACACCAGGAUCAAUCUC